AUGGAACUUCGUCAGCAGAACUUUCCUCCUCAUUAUUGGCUUAAGCUACACAAUCAUGAUGUUGAGAAAUUAUCACCACCACCGAUCAAACGUCGAAAUCCACCAAAAACCAAAGUAGACCAUUGCAUCAAUUCGCUUUCACCUCACAUACAGAGAUUUAUCUACGUUGGUUCUAUCGAUCGACGUAAAGGUGAAAUCCGUUCCACUCGUCUUCCGCUUAGUCCAGAGCAAUUUCAUGUGUUGAUUCGUCUUGGGGUGACACGCCGAUACCAAUCUGUUGUUCCACUAGAAGACGAAUUACAACUGCAGUAUGAUUUCGAACAUAAAGGUUAUACUCGUGGUGUUUUUAAUAUCCAGUUUCGUUUACAAACGCAGAAACCGGUGAUUAUCGGGAAAAAGCCUGUUCUUCUUCUCCGCAUUCGCUAUCACCAAAAAGCACCUGUCUUAAAACGAUGA